GUCGAAGCUCAGCGCGCGUGAAAGAUACGCAGUCGCUCGAAUUCUCGAUCAUGGAGCCGGACUUUCAGGACGUCAUGGAGGUCCCGUGGAAGCCCGAUCCGUCCUUCUCGUCGUCCACCUCGUCGUCCACCUCGUCGCUGUUUGACGAGCAGCUCAAAGAGCUCGUGAUCGAAGUCAACUUGGACACGCUCUUUAUGUGUGCCGUCCAUGCCUGUCCCAAGAGCUGCAACCAAGAUGGCUACUGCGACAACCACGCAGGCAUGGCGCCGACUUCCGUGGCCAAUGACGAUGGGACGACUCUAUCAGCAGUCGUCGCGACGAGCUCCGUGACAACGUCCUCCACUACGACGAUGCUCUGUCAGCACACCAAGUGCCGACACGCCGCCAAGGUGUUUCAAGAGUACGGCCAUUUUUGCAGUCGGCACGCCGUGACGGUGCCGUGCGGCUUUCCGCGCUGUCGCGAGAAGGCCCUCGACGGGUCCUCCAUGUGCUGCAAGCACGCCCAUCAAGCCAGCUCGAUGCGGCGCGAACUCGCCGCGCGGUCCCAAACGGCGCGCACGUGCCGGACCGACGGCUGCUACAAGGUGCGCCAAGGCCGCGGCUACUGCACAGCGCACGAGAAGUUGCUCAUCGCGACGGGCCAGCUCGCCAUCAAGACGCGCGCCGUCGACAUUGCGUUCACCAUGUGUUGCUUCCCCGAGUGCACAAAACAUGCGCAGCGCAACCGGUUUUGUUGCAAGCACGGAAAAGAGCUCGUACUGCAAGCCAAGUCGGUCGCUGACAAGGGACUGACCAACCAGAGUUACGAAGAGAUCCUCGACUUGCUCCAGAAGAAGCUGCGGCGGUGCCAGUAUGUGGGAUGUGAGAAGAACGCGCGCUACAACCAGUUGUGCACCAUGCACUACCAUCAACGAAACCGGGCAGCCAGCGAAAGCGAUAUCGUGGCCGAGGCGAUGUGCAUCGCGCCGCCGACUUCGACGAUGCCCACUGUCUCGCCGGAUGGUACCAGGCACGGGCUAGCAUCGGCCUUGUAAAUAGCAUACCCUUGGCUGUUCUCGAUAGACAGCGCAACCACUCUCACAGGUAUUCUUUGAACUUUGAAUGUCCUUGCCA